AACGGGUUUGCAGCUCUCCACACAUUUGCGCCUCACUUGACGGGCAGCUUAGAGGAAUUUUGAAACGAGCCUUUCGUAUCUCUGGGUUUGGAAUCUGAAACUCUGCAUCGAAAAUGUCCAAUUUCAACCUCACGGAUGUAGUGAUACGAUGGGCAAACACAAGGCGAGACACGACACCGAGUUCAUAAAAGUGAGCAAUAGGGGAGGGUCGAUGCCAAAGAUAAGAGCUCGAGCGAGCAGCAAACUUUUCUCAGAAGUCCUUCGACCUGAGCAGUGGAGCUAAUGGACGUCUCCAGGCUUCUGCUGUCCGUCGUCAUGGUGAUGUCCACGUCUGAUGGGACACCAGAAGCAUCAGAUUCUUCCUGCUUUCACCUGGACCAGGAUAGAUAUAAAGUUAUUAAAGGUGAAGCAUUUUAUUAUGUGCCCUACGACGUGGAUGACCCCAACCUGCCUGAUGCAAACAUUACGUGGUACAAAGACGGGUCAGAGGUCAUGAAUAUCACCACAGACGAGGCACACAGGAUUCAUUACCAUGGAGGAGCGCUGUUUUUCUUAAACAUCAGCGCUAACGAUGCUGGUUGUUAUUCUGCCAGGCACAUUGAGCCAUCAGGUGAAUGUUUCUACUAUCAUCUGAAGAUCGAGGUCUUCGAUGGAACAAGUCGAGAGAAUCUGACCUAUGGAUCUAUCCGAAACUCUGACCAGAACAAAAACAUUCCUUGUCCACAGCCUGUUAAAGACACAUGCAAAACAUUUAACGGGAACUUCACCUGGUUCAAGGGCAAGAAUCUCAUUCCUGGUCAACACAAAGAAAGCCUGUGGGUAAAUGAUGCAACAAAAGACGAUGAGGACAUUUACACCUGCAUAUGUACCUGGACUCACAACCACAAGGUGUACAACUCUUCUGGUUCCAGGAGACUUUUUGCUCUAGACACCCGCAACUUUCCAAAUGCAACAAUUGUCUCUCCAUCCAGCAAGGAGCAGUUGGCUGAUGAAGGCUCCAGCGUGAAGCUGAACUGCACUGUUUACUGUGGGAUUAAUGCAGUGAGGGACUGUGAGGCCACAUGGUUUAUUAAUGGAAACCCAGCAAAGCAGAUGGACGGAUACAACGAAACCACCACGUUAGAGGUCGAGGAUCCUUCAAAGAGAACCUUCGCCACAGCGACCCUGACCAUCCAAAGGGCUUCAGCCAAAGAUUUCCAGCAUGAGUUCAAGUGUCAGGGCUCAGGAUUUUAUACAGUAACCUCUGCAACUUUAACUCUGAGGCAAAGAGAGUCCAUCAUUCCCCUCGUCAUUUCAGGGACGUGUGUGUUGCUGAUUGCUGUGUUCGCCGCUGUGCUGGUGAAAUAUUUUGCCAUUGACCUCGCUCUGUUGUUCAGGCCCUACUUCCCUCCAGGAAGAUGCAAUAAAGAUAUGAAGAUGUACGAUGCCUACGUUGUUUACCAGACACAGAGCUUAGACAAGGAGACAGAAGACAAACUGUCCAACUUUGUCACAAAGACUCUGCCCUCGGUUCUUGAAGACAAGUGUGGAUAUCGACUCUUCAUCCAGGGAAGAGACGACAUACCGGGGGAAGAUCGUGUGGAGCUGGUGGAGAGCUGCAUUAAGCAGAGCAGGAGGCUGAUGGUCAUCCUGACACCAGGAUCCGGACCUGAGAUGAUGGAAAAUCCCACCUCAGACCAAACCUCAGUGAUUGGAUUUGACUGGCAGGUCGGGCUUCACCACGUGCUGGUGCAGAGGGAGAUGAGUGUGAUUCUGAUUCAGCUCGGCGAGAUGGGGCCACGAGGUUACACGCGCCUCCCUCCAGGCCUGCAGCACCUGAUCCGUCAGAGCGCCCCCAUCAGGUGGUCGAGGGGCUCACGGACGGCCUCCAAGUGGAACUCGCGCUUCUGGAAGAGAGUGCGAUACCUGAUGCCAGCCAGACCCGCCAGAAAACGUGGUUUGUCUGCCGUCAUCUAACACUGCUGAGCUUUGAAAUGUGAAUAUGGAAAAUUAAACUGAAAUGACGGACAAAUUCUCUACAAUGAAUAAAGAUGAAGGACUUUAUUAGGAGUGUGUUAAAUUUUAGUUCUACUUUAACUCUUCAAAUGUAAGAUGUACGUUACAGAAUGUUAUUACAAUCUGUUAAACAUCUUGAGUGACAAAUUAAAGCUUCAAUGUCUCACAGACAGAGUUGGGUAGUAACUAGUUGCAUUUACUCAAA